AUGCCAGGAAGAUCCAGUCAGAGAGCGGCGUACAAAGGCCAAUUCACUACGCUGAAGAAGGAUGUCAAUGAAAUCAGCCGCAAUCCUGACUGUCUUCUCAAUGAGGGGAUGAUUGAAACUCUUUUGUAUCAUCGUCAAAGUCUGGAGUCAAUUGAGCGGAAAUAUUGUGAGGUACAAAGGGCAAUUAUUGAUGAAACUAAACCCGAAGAUGCAAAAAGGGCUGAACAAGAAGAACUCGAUAAUUUCCUGAAUGAGACGACCCACACCGGAAAUCAGAUCAACCGUUUUAUCGCUAAGCUUCAAGCCACUGACUAUGCACCUAGGCAACCAACAGCUUCCGGUGGUUCAACCAGUGAUUUCUCAGCGUUUUUAACGUUGAUGGAAAAACAAUUGGAAGAGCAGAAGGAGCAGAGAUUGCAAACCAAUACUACUAUAGAGAGAAUGGUGGGUGAGAUGAAUAGGCUUUCUAGCAGCAUCAAUGCGAACAACGGCGGACCUACGAUGAUGGGAAAUCCCAAUGAAACUUUCACAGUUACGGCUCCACCUCGCAGAAAAUUGGACGUGAUUAAGAUUCAGCCAUUCUCAGGAGACUACACAGAGUGGAAAACUUUUAAAGACCUCUUUGAGUCGAUUAUUGGGAAUGAUGACACCCUCACUAAAUCUGAAAAGAUGCAAUAUUUAAAGACUCUCAUAGUUGGAGAAGCUCAACCCAUUAUUGAGUCCCUAAAGGUCUGCGACGAAAACUAUGAUGUGGCUUGGACUAUACUAUCCAAAGAAUUCGACAGUGCUGCACCCAUUGUAGCAUCUUACAUGAAAGAUUUUUUUGCUUUGCCAGCUGUAGCAUCGGCCUCUGUCCAGGGCAUUCAAAAUCUUCAGAGAAAGUCCAAUUCUAUUUUGCAAGCAUUAGACGCAAUGGAGGUAACGUCUCGAGACCCUUUCAUUAUUUAUUCGAUUCUGCAGAAACUUGAUGAGGAGACCCGUGCUUUAUGGGCUGGAAAAGUUAAGGAAAAUUGUCCAACUUGGGAGCAAUUCAAUGAAUUUUUGGUAGAGAGAAGUUUUCAACUCAGAAUGUCUUUACCAGAAAAAUCCUACAAGUCACAGACUCACCCCAAAAAAUCUUUGCCUACCAACAAGAAACCAAAGAUGAAUUCUACUAGCCUUGCAGCCACGGAAAAGAAGAAUUGCGAGUUCUGCAAACUACAUCCACACAAACUAUUUCGGUGCAAGAAGUUCAUCGCUCUGGAUGGGAUGCGUAGAUUGGCGGCUGUUAAGGAGCUCAAGGUGUGUGAGAACUGCUUGUCGGACAAUCACAAAGUAGAACAUUGUUCAUACUCUUUGUGCAAUGUAUGCAACGGCAAACACAACCGAUUGCUACAUGAUGCAAUUAUUAUUGCCACCACUACAAUCCCAACUCCUGGAGGAAGCCAGGGUCAGACUGGAAAUCCAGUCAAUCUCAUAUGUAAGAAUGUUACCACCAAGAUGUCCAAGGUACUUCUUGCGACAGUUAUGAUCAGGAUUGUGGAUUCUUCAGGAGAACAGCAUUUGUGCAGAGCCAUUUUGGACUGUGGAUCUCAAGUCAACAUGAUCUCUGCAAGAUUGUGUCAAUUGCUGCAUUUGAAGAAGAAGACCGUCAACCUUUCCAUUGAGGGAGUAGGGACUUCAUCACAAUCAGCCCAGCAUGUCGCAGAUGUCGUAGUGAGACCAAGGAUGAUGACUUCUUCAUACUCUCUACCUAUGACGUGCAUCGUCAUGAAGAGAGUCACCAGCGAUCAGCCAAAUUGGGAUACAUCUUCGCUGAACUUCCAAAUCCCAAAGCACUUCCAGUUGGCAGACCCCAACUGGCAAGAGACUCACCCUAUCGACUUACUCAUUGGUGGGCAAUUCUUUUGUGACAUCAUGACCGAUGAUACCCAUGUUUUGGGUCCUCACCAUCCUGUGAUGAAAAAUACAGUAUUUGGAUGGGUGUUAAUGGGACCUUGUUAUGUCGGCCAUAAUGAUUCUCAGGUUGUCUCAUGCAACACUGCCACCAUGGAAAGCAUUGAUACGGGACUACGUAGAUUUUGGGAGUUGGAGGAGAUAUCAGUAGGUUCCCCCAGAUCAUUGGAUCAAGACAAGGUGGAAGAACUUUACCGAGCUACCACAACUCGAGACCAAGAUGGGCGCUAUGUGGUACUAUUGCCUUUUAAGGAUAACAUGGAAGAGUUGGGCAACAACAGGGCAUCAGCCAGACGCCAAUUAUUUCUAUUGGAAGCGCGUCUGAGAAAAAAUCCAGAACUCCGUGCACAAUACAACCAGAUCUUUGAGGAGUAUUUGGAGAAGGGAUUUAUCGAGGUUGUGCCAUAUGAUCAGCUCAACAGACCUUGUUUUUAUAUGCCACAUCAUUGCGUUAUCAAGGAAGAUGCAGUAUCAACCAAGGUUCGAAUUGUCUUUAAUGGAAGUUCGCCAUCCGAAUCCGGGCUAAGCUUAAAUGACAAACUUAUGGUAGGAGCUACUGUACAACCACCGUUGCUUAAAAUUCUGCUGAACCUCAGACGACAUCCUGUUGCCUUUACCUGUGACAUUGUAAAAAUGUACUUACAGACAAUACUUUACGAACCUCACAGGGAUUACCAACGAUUUUUAUGGGAGACCGAAUCUGACCACCAAGUGAAAGACUUCAGGUUCAGGACAGUGUGCUUCGGGGUGUCUGCAUCUCCGUACUUAGCCACUCGAUCAUUGAUUCAGUUAGCCUUGGAUGAGGGGCACAGAUUCCCGAUAGCUGCGAAAUUGAUAUUGAAUAACUUCUACAUAGACGAUUGUCUGGUCAGCAUGCCUACGAUUGAGGAGGCACUCGAAGCAAAGAGACAGCUCAUAGCUCUACUGGCCCUAGCCAAACUUGAACUGUCCAAAUUCAGGUCAACUCAUAUGGAACUCACACCUUCAUCUGAUGAAAAUUAUCAACUGGACAUGCCAUCUGAAGAACAGGUUGUAAAGACUUUGGGAAUGAGUUGGUGCCUACAGACUGAUAUGUUCCAGUACACAGUGAACGAAUUCCAUGGACCAGCAACCAAGAGAAAUAUGUUGUCAAUUCUUGGAAAAAUUUAUGACCCAAUGGGGCUCGUAUGCCCCAUUACAACUGUUGCAAAAUGUAUCCUGCAAGACGUGUGGAAGUUAUCAAUGGACUGGGACACUGAAAUUGAUGGUGAUUUGGAGAAAAGAUGGAAAGAGUUCAUGAACACUCUACCUUCAAUGGAGGAUCUGAGGAUUCCCCGAUGGAUAUCAAACAUCUCCGAAGUAGUACACCAGGAACUUCACUGUUUUGGCGAUGCAAGCAAGAGAGCCCAUGGAGCUUGUAUUUACCUUGUAACUCAAGAUGCUGCAGGUAACAGAUGCUCCAGGCUAUACGCAGCCAAGUCCAAGAUUAACCCCAUCAGCUAUGAGGAGAAAGUAAAGGAUAAGAUCAAGAAGAAGGACUUCACCAUUCCGAAAGGAGAAUUAUGUGGAGCUGUCUUGGCUAUGAAACUUGCCUCAACUGUCUCGGACGCAACAGAAGUACAGCAAAUCUAUUUUUGGCUGGAUGCCACUGCUGUGCUACAUCAAAUUCAUAACCCGACUCAAAAACGAGAAGUUUUUGUACGCAACAAGGUUAAGAAGAUUCUAGAUGAAACCAACUGUCAGCAAUGGAGACACGUUGGAACCAAGUCCAACCCAGCUGACCUGGCUUCACGAGGAGCUACUCCUCAACAGCUCAUUUCAGCGGAACUGUGGUGGCAUGGGCCAGAAUGGUUGUUGAAGUCUGAAGAGAAUUGGCCACCGAAGUUCAACGCACCCAAUGAUGACGGAGCACAAGUGGAGACUAGUUUAGCACUCACUACGGAUUCAUCAGAGAAGGAAAAACUGGUUGCCAAUCCAAUCUUCGAAUUUUUAUUGGCUCAGUUUAGCUCCUACAGCAAGAUCCGUCUAGUUUUGGCACGAUGUCUUCAACUCGUAGAAAUUUGGAAGUCAUCAAAGGUCCGAGUGACUCGCAACUCGAGGAGAACUACCUUUUCCAAAUUCUUGCAUGUGAAAUUCCUAAGGGAUGCCGAAAAACUCUUGAUACAAUGGGAUCAGCAGCAACAUUUUUCUCAUGUUUUGGAUGCUCUGACAAACGGAUCUCUGGAAACAAACGCAAGCCUUCGCCAUUUUGGAAAAUUGAGACCAUUUCUGGAUUCUGAGGGUACAUUGAGAGUUGGAGGUCGACUUAGCAAAUCUACACUCAACUAUGAUACAAAACACCCGAAGAUCCUGCCCAAAAGCCUCUUAAGUCGUUUGAUUGCAGAACGUGAGCAUCUUCUACUUAUGCAUGCUGGACCACAGCUUACCUUGGCAUCCUUGAGGCAAAAAUAUUGGCCUAUUGAUGGACGUCGCUUGACUCGAAGUGUCUUAAGGAAAUGCCUCACUUGCAUCAAGGCAAGGCCCACUCACGUUCAGCAACUUAUGGGGGACUUACCCCCGGAGCGAAUCGACCAUUUGACUGCCUUCAAUACAAUAGGUGUCGAUUUUGCUGGGCCCAUCUACAUCAAACAAGGUGUCAGGAAAACUGUCACAAUUAAGGCUUAUGUGGCGGUCUUCGUCUGCUUUUCUACUAAGGCUGUGCAUUUGGAGGGAGUUAGUUCACUCCACACAGAUUCCUUCAUUGCUGCAUUUCGCAGAAUGAUUGCGAGAAGAGGGUUGCCACAUAAGGUGUUUUCCGACAAUGGAACCACAUUUGUAGGCGCCGAUAGAGAACUUAAGCGGUUGUGGGAGGCAGAGCAACACCAGCAAGCGAUCCAGAUGGUGGCAGGGGAACUUGGCAUCGAAUGGAACUUUUUACCUCCCAGAUCACCGCAUCACGGCGGCCUCCAUGAAGCUGCCGUGAAAUCUUUUAAACACCACUUUGUGCGAGUUGUGGGUGACAGAGCACUGACAUUUGAAGGGCUAGCAACCAUCCUGUGUCAGAUUGAAGCUGUAUUGAACAGCAGGCCGCUUGUUCCCACAUCAGACAACCCCGACGAUCUCCAUUGGAUCAGCCCAUCUAGCCUAUGCACACUGAAGGACACACUUACACAACUACCUGACCCAUCAGUGACUCACCUCAAAAUUGGCUAUCUGGACAAAUGGCACCUUUUGCAGAGAGUGUAUCAGGAUGUUACUAACCAAUGGAAACGCGAUUAUCUUACAACGCUUCAAACUCGCAGCAAGUGGUACAAACAAUACGAAAAUCUCAAGGAGGGAGAUUUUGUUCUGAUGAGCGACAUGGCCCUUCCAUCUACCAAGUGGCCGACAGGACGCAUCGUGAAGAUCUUCCCUGGCCGAGACAACAAGGUGAGAGUAGCAGAUGUCAGAACUCAUCGUGGAGUCUACAGAAGAGCUGUCCAGAAGCUAGUGCGACUUCCCAUAGAAGAAGCAUAA